CUUAUGGACAGGAAGUGUUCUGUUGUUAACAGUCAGCUGAUAAAGCAAAAGCAACUUCUACAACGGUCAAAGAUGGCAUACCCUAAAUCCCACAACCCUUUUGCUGAUGAUGAUGAUGAGGAAGAUUUCAGGCCUAAAAGCAGAGGGUUCAGUGAUGACCCCAUUGAUAGUGGGAUGAGUGAAGCAGAGAGAAGGCAGAGGUACCUCCAGCAGGAGGUGAUGCGCACAGCUCAGUCGGCUGUGGACAGCAGUUACCGUUCCCUUGGCCUCAUCUAUGAAUCAGAGAAGAUGGGUGUGGAAACUGCAGAGGAGCUGAUGCGACAGGGUGAGGCCCUGAAGAGGGCCGACAAAAUGAUGGACAAUAUGGACCAGGACCUGAAGACCAGCCAGAAGCAUAUUAAUAGUAUUAAGAGUGUGUGGGGCGGUCUUGUCAAUUACUUCAAGGGCAAGCCAGAGACAAAGCCACCACCUGAGGAGCCAAAGGCCUACCAGGCCAACGAAAGAUUACAGAAUGCCAUGUCCAGCAGUAGAGAACACGAAGAUAAGUAUCAAGCCAGCCACCCCAACUUAAGAAAGCUGGAUACAGGAGGAUUUGGAGCUUCUGCAUCAGUGGAUGACAGCUCAUCUAGACAAAAUGGAUACCCUAAGAACAGACACCUCAGGGAGGCUCACCAGACCCUCGACAAAAAUUUAGAUGAGAUGUGCGACGGCUUGAGUCGACUGAAGAGCCUCGGCCUUGGUCUCCAGUCUGAGAUUAACGACCAGGACGAUUCCAUCGAUGCCCUGAUGAAUAAAGUGGACAAGAUGGAUCUCAAGAUUCACAACACAAACCAACAGAUUAAGAACCUGAAAUAAAACAAACAUUUGGACUCACCUCUCAGAGACAAAAGACAGCACAUCCUCUCCAUUGGUUCUCCGUCUGUUGAAUAAUCUGUGUUUUUUAUGGAUUGGAAGAUGUAACUGGCAGAUAAGCAAGUGAGCAAACUUUUACCCAGAUGAUUUUAUUCUUAAUUGUCUAAAAGGUUAUUUCCCAUUUAUUUGCAUUUUAGAUUUGUCCUUAAAUCCAAGUUUACCUUGAACUUUUCUCCUUCCACUCAGUUUUAUACCAACAUGUUUAUUUCCUGAAUUUUUCACCUCAAAAUAACUGUGAUUUGUUAACUUGUGCGUUCUACAGGGGAUAUUAUAUUCCACGUAGAUGUAAGGGACUGUCUUUGUCCAGGUAAAAUCUGUUUGUUUUCUUCAUGAAGCUCCACUGAUCUGCUGUCUGAAUGUAGUCUGUUGAAUUUGCAUUGGCUUGGGUGAUUAGAGUAUCAGUUUGAUCAGUUUUUCUUGAUCACCAAAGACCAUAAAAUAUUUUUUAGCUUGUUGUUUUUUCAUUAUUCGGGUAAAACAGAUGAAUGGUUUCCCAAACAAAGAGGAGCUUUGUUGAUUGAGUCACUAAAAAUGUGAGUACGGCAUGUGUCUAAAACUGGAAUGUCUUGUGUGAGUGGUUCAUAUGUCAGUGCUAACUUCCUGGACCUGCCUCCACACACAGAUUUACUAAAACACUUUGAGAGUCCAGCUCAAGUCACUUUUGCCUUACACAUCAUUUGUAUGUACAGUAGAGUAGCAUUUGGUAUUGUGCCAUGAUUCAGUGUCCACUGGUGCAUCUCACGAUAAGAUGCUUCUUUUUGAUUUGCUGUUGGGUUUUUUUUUUUAAAGUACAUUUAAUGUUCUUCAGUGCUUACCCUAGCUUUAUAUAAAAUGUUUAUAUGUAAUUGAACUCUGCAUAAUGUGAUUGAGUGAUAUAUUGUACAGCAUACAUAAUGUGAACAAACUAGCUGUGAAUAUAAAAACUCAAAACUGAAGGAGAACCCCCAUUAUUAUCAGAUUAUCUUAAUAUAUCUCCCUGAUUCAUUUCUCAGUAAAUGUCCACUUUUAUGUUUUUUUCCCCAAUAAAACACACAAUAAUUCUGACAAAGCAAUCAAAAAUAGACAAAUAAAUGAUGAUUCAUGGUCAUAUCUUUACAUUUUUGUCAUGUAUAUCAUGUAUUCUAAUCAAAACCACAUACCCAAUAAAAACAUUUAUAAGGGGA